CAUAUUGCUGGUGAGGGAGUCACAGAGGGGAGCGCCGCCGCCGCCGCUCGGGGCCUCGUCGCCAUCGCUCGUCAUCGGCCGCCCCCGGCCGGGUAGCCGGGCCCAGCUCCGCGCCCGCCGGCCCCGCUCCCGCCCCGCCACCGGCUGCGGGCGGAAUCGGCCCGGCCAGGGCAGGACGGGCGGCGAGAGAAGGGAUCCGGCCGGCCGAGCCGAGCCGCAGCCGCCGGGGGCCGCGGCCGCUCCCCAGAGAGAGGCCGACGGGGAGGUGGCGGAGGCCUGACGCAGCCGCCCCCUCCUUCCCCUGCCGCCCUCCCUUCCCUCCCCCCCAGUCCGCCCCAGACAGCGGCGAAGGAGCCUCUGGGCAGGGCCGGUUGCCGCCGCCUCGCCGGCCCCUCGCUCCGAGCGCCCUUCCUCGGCCCCGCCGCCGCCCCGCGCCAUGGCCUGCGGCGCCACGUUGAAAAGGACUCUGGAUUUCGACCCGCUGCUGAGCCCGGCGUCGCCGAAGCGGAGGCGAUGUGCGCCAUUGUCAGCCCCGGCCUCGGCCGCCGCCGCCUCCUCCUCCUUCGCCGCCGCCUCCCCGCAGAAAUACCUGCGCAUGGAGCCCUCGCCCUUCGGAGAGGUGUCAUCCCGGCUCACCACAGAACAAAUUCUGUACAACAUAAAACAGGAGUACAAACGCAUGCAGAAGAGGAGACACUUAGAAAAUAGCUUCCAGCAGACAGAUCCUUGUUGUUCUACUGAUGCACAGCCACAUGCAUUUCUUCUCACUGGACCAGCUUUGCCAGGUACUUCAUCUGCAGCAUCAUCACCAUUGAAAAAAGAACAGCCUCUGUUUACUCUCAGACAAGUUGGAAUGAUCUGUGAACGUUUGCUGAAAGAACGUGAAGAGAAAAUCCGUGAAGAGUAUGAAGAAAUUUUGACCACAAAACUUGCAGAACAAUAUGACGCAUUUGUGAAGUUCACGCAUGAUCAGAUCAUGCGACGAUAUGGAGAACAGCCUGCCAGUUACGUUUCAUGAAUCCCGUUUUCUGCAUAUGUGGGCUGCCCUAUACACCCUCUUUUAUUGUUGCAAGCUGUCCCAGUAAAGACUUGCAGCAAUGCCAUAUUUCCCCCCUGUGAACACAGGUUAUUUCAAGCUUUUGUCAGUGGCAACCACUCUUAUGCAGCAACUGGUUUUGGAGUGCUCCCUGAUGUCAGUACCACCUGGAUGUGGACCUUUGCUACCUGUAAUAAUACCAGUGGCCUCAUUUGCUGUAUCAUUACAAUUUGGCUUCUUAUGUUAAUAAGUUUGAAAAAGUAAAGGAUUAAAGCUGGUGUUCUAGAAGUUGCCCUUCACUGGUUGUGUAAAUAAAAAUGUAGAAUGACACUUCUGACUGAAGUUAGUGUGGUUUUCAUAACUGUGCACUACAAGAAGGCUGUAAUCACAGUUGAAUUAGAAUGUAAUCCCAGGACAAUUUUAAGCAAAUAGCCCACAGUACUGCCUGUGAAAUAGUGAAGGAGGGCAUUUCUGUAUUCCAUGACUUUUUUGGGGGUUAAGAAUGGGUUUAUAUGAUUUCUCAUUUUUGUAGUUUUUAUUUAUUCUAUCAGUCUUUAACAAAUGUUUAUUGCUGCAAUUUUUCAGUGUAUCAUUGUUUUACUGCCCUUGUAGUACUGGAAUUUAGUUGGAAGAAUAAAACAUUUACUUCUAA